UUAUUAUUUUCAAGGUAGCAAAUUGGCAGUGAAUGGUUGAGAUCCGAAACCCAAGACCCCCUCGCCCAUGGGCACAAGGCCAUGAGGCCAUACAUAUUAAUCAUUAUUCAUCACCCUUCCAUCAUUGCUUAUUGAGAACUGAACAGUAUUACCAUUAUAAGUGUAAAUAUAUGGACGAAAUCAAAAGAUGUCAAUGUUAUAUACAAUGGGUUUUUAUAGCUGUUUUAAUUAUGAACAGCAAUUAUGAUGAUGCUGCAACAAUUACAAUCGGAUCAAAGAUCAUAUGCAUAAUACAUGACGUUGACAUCAGAUAUAAUCAGUUCAGCAUGAUAAACUUUAUGCCAAAUCAUAGCACAAUAGAUGAUGAUGAUGAUGAUAAUGAUGACGAUGGUAACCCUGUCUGACCAUGAUAAGAGAAGAGAUGAUAAAAGUUAUAAUAAAUAACUAGUCUUUCCGAUCUCAGAUCCUAUACUCUAUACUGUAUUGUACUAUAUGUAUUAUCUAAGGUAUUAUCAUUGUACUUUCUAUUUUAUUUCAAAUCGUCUCGUCUUUUGUCGGGAUUCUUUCGUAGUUCUUCAUCAUCGUCUGAGAAUCAGCGGUUCUAUUCCAUCAAAGACCAACCCACCUCCCCCUUGAAGUUCUAUUUCCGUUUCCCUCCUUUUCCUGCCCCGAUUCUUUGCUCAAGAUCAUAUAUAUCUCUUUCUCUCUGUCUGUCGAGACUUUUAUUCAAUUUUGUCACUUUGCUUUUGAAAAAGAAACAUUUGUUCCGACCAUCAAAGGAAUCUUCAUCCUCGCCCGACUUUCGCACCAGAUUACAAUCCCUGAUUCCAUUUGGACCGAAAAAAUCAUUAAACGAUUACGCUAAUAAUAUUAUCUCUACGCCUAUUCGAUCAAAAUAUAUUCAAUCCAAUAUAAUUGUAUAACAAAGCAAAAAUAUAUCGAGCUAAGAAAGUCUCUAAAGCAAAGCACGUAAAAGCAGUGCGCACUUAGUAGCAGCCAAUUAGAUUGCUAGAAGCAGCUAGUCAAUUUUGAUUGGAUAAGGGCAAACUUCACAUCUCGAAGAGCAAACUGAGAAAGAUCCAUCAUUGCAUUUGAAAGUAAGCAAGCAAUCCAAGUUAAAGUUAGUCAAUCUCUGACAAACAAUUCCACAGCUAAUCAAACCGAAUCAUUGAUUUUGACUUGAUUGAAAAGUUUGUUUUAUUGCUGGAAAGAGAGUAAAACAAUAAAAGUCGAGUUUUCUCACAGCAAAUAGAUCUUUGUCUUCUGCGAUUUCAACACAAAUAAAGUCCUUCACCGCCCAUCAUUUACCCAUUCCCUGAUAACACCAUUCCAGCAAACAUACCUCAGAACCAUCAUAACACCAUUAUGACAACAUUCGACGGUUACACCUCCAUGCUUCCCAGUUCCAUGGGGGGAUCCUCUUACACCCACCAGAUGAACAUGGCCGCCGCAGGCCAUGCAUCAUCGGUAGGCUCCGCCGCCGCUCAAGCCCAGCAAAACUACGCCAAUGCCAUGAGUGCGUACCCUAGUUUCGCCAGUAUGCAGAGUGCCGCCGGAACAGCCGCGGGACUCGCGGGCGGACAGAUCGGCAACUACAUGAGCAGCGCCAGUUUCAACGCCGCCGCCGCUGCCUCGUCUAUUCCCCAAAUGCCGUUCAACUCUCCGUACAGUGUGCCGCCGAUGGCCGCCGCAGCUUACAACACCGCGUUCAAUCCGGCUAGUUAUGUCGACUACGGGCGAGCGGCGGAUUCGAUCUACCAGUUGACGUCGCCCACUCAUCGAGGACGAGCUAACCUCCCAUCGCCGAAUCAAGCCGACAAGUUCCGAAGGAGUUACAGUCAGAGCCACGCUAAGCCGCCUUACUCGUAUAUUUCACUUAUCACAAUGGCGAUUCAGAACUCUGCAAAUAGGAUGGUCACUUUGAGCGACAUUUAUUCCUUCAUCAUGGAACUGUUCCCGUACUAUCGCCAGAACCAGCAAAGAUGGCAGAACUCUAUUAGACACAGUCUUUCAUUCAACGACUGCUUCGUAAAGGUUCCCAGAACUCCUGAGAAACCUGGCAAGGGAUCCUUCUGGACGCUCCAUCCGGAGUCUGGUAACAUGUUUGAGAACGGGUGCUAUCUCAGACGGCAGAAAAGAUUCAAAGACGAAAAGAAACAGGCGAAAAAGGAGAAAAGUAAGAAAAAUAAAGACAUCAAAGAAGAGGUCGACCCGAAUCACGAAGUUUACGACGACAUGGAUCACAACAUGAAGCAAGAAGACGAAGAAUUUAGUCCCGAGGCGUACGUACAUUCGCCGGGAGGCAUGAACGGAUACGGGGCCAAUGACAGGAGUCUCGGAAACUCGCCGACUGAAAUCGGCGCACCGAAUCUCAAUUCUUCGGGUGCAGGUCACAUCUCGCCGGCUCAAGCCGCAGCUGAGACCAGAGCUCUUUUGCACCAACAGACGAACGGCAAUGGCAACUCACAUCACCAAGAGAACCACGACAACACAACUGACUUGAUUUCGGCAGCUCUGAGAUCCGAGCAACAACAGCAAAGUCUCAGCGACUUGAUGCACUCGGCUGUUUCGGUUCAAAACGCUCUCGGAGCCAACGGGCAGACGUAUCUUCACGACGCUUCCUCGAUGUUGGGACCCCUUUUCCCAGUAACUGGGGUUCUACCUUCCAUGGCAUACAUGGCAAGCGGAACUGCAAACGACUUCGCGUCUCUCAAAAGCGACGCCACCAACGCCUUUUCCAUAUCCAGCAUCAUGAAAGAUUCCUCCGCUGCGUCUCACGAGUCGGUUCAACUUCUGCAGAACCCUCACUUUCUAGGAAUGAAUCAGCAUGCGGACUUAAUCAAAUACGAAACAAAUGCGAGCUCCCAACAUAUGUACUCUUCAAACCCUUCAAUGGGCUAUAAUUCCUACAUCGCUGCUGCUUCAAUUAUGCCUCAAGUCCAACAACAACAUAAUUCAAACUUAAACGAACUCGAUUCUCUCAUCGCACAAGCUCCGACAUCUCACAACGAGACCUCGUUUAACUCUCGGGUCUCAAACGGACACCUAAUGUCGCAGCCGAAUCACCAAAAUGGCGCCGCGGGAAGUCCCACCAACUCAGUCGUCGCGGUGAACGGAUCCGGCAACGCCUCCAGUCCGAUCGGGUGUGCGCCGACAACAGUUUCUCUGGACCAAAGAUUGUCUCAGAGUGGAGCAGCCUUAUGUAACAGUUCAAUUGUUACGUCAUUAGUUACGUCACAGGAUACGCAAUGCUGCGUGUCUUCGCCAGUUGCGACCUCGAAUGCUUUUUUCAACUCUAUUCCUGCAACGACUAAUGGGCCACAAAUUCUCAACACCAACAGCUACUAAAAACACCCAGAAAAAACUGAUAUGCACAAAAACAAUUCAACUGCCCUGGACCAAAACGCAGAGCCAAAAGAAGCACAAAAAUACAAAAAUUCAUAAAAAAACUCGACAUUUCUCUAAUAAAUCUCUUUAGCUCUCCUUAAUCCUAUUUUCUGAUUGAAAGUGUCCUUAUAUUUUUGACUUUAUUUAUAAAUUGGUCGGUGCUAAUUUAUUACGUUUUUUAGCUUCUCUUUUAGUAACGUAAAAAUUAUCGUUUGUCCUUAUGAAAUGGAGCUAUAGUUUAACCUCUGCUUUAUAGCUAUAAUUCCUAUAUAGGCGCUUUGCUUGUCAGAAAUUCUGAUCGAUGGAUGACCAAAAUAACUUAACCCAUUUUAUACUUGCAGUUUAACUUCAUUUCAAUUAAGUCCCCCAUAUUCUAAUGUGAUUAUCUUCUGCUCAGAAUGUUCCGAACUUGUUCAUUCGGAUGCUCCGACCAUCUCUGCUCAUUCCAUUCUGUCAUAGUAUUUUUAGUUUUAGUACUUUAAAUAAAUUUUGUUCCUCUAUAAUAUAGCCAAUUUGGGUUGAAAAACUUUGAAAAAAUUCAAUAUUUAUUCACCCGUAA